GCAUUAAUAGAUACGAACCGAAGCCGCUGGAACCAAAGGCAGACAGCCAACACAGACCCAAACACAAUGGGACAUUCGCGUUCCUUCACAUGCGUUGCGUUUCUUCUGAUUGCACUGCACCAGACAUCUGGAUUCUGGUUAUUUAACGUUAUCUUUCCUCCGACCGCCAAACCUCGCGUCAUAAAUAAUAGCACUCCUCCUCUUAUCAUAGUGCCUGGAAAUCUGGGUAAUCGCCUUGAGGCCAAAAUAGACAAGCCCACACUGGUACACUGGAUGUGUUACAAGAAAACCGAGGACUGGUUCCCUCUCUGGAUUGACCUAAACAUGUUCAUGCCCAUUGGAAUCGACUGCUGGAUUGAUAACAUGAGAAUUGUGUACAACAGGACGACUCGCAAGGCGUCUAACGCACCCGGGGUGCGAGUCCGGGUCCCUGGAUUCGGACAGACGCACCCUAUAGAGUUUCUUGACUUAAACAAGCUGACAGGUUACUUUCACACCAUGGUUCAACAUCUGGUCAGCAUUGGAUAUGUGCGAAACGAGACUGUCCGUGGUGCUCCGUAUGAUUGGAGAAUCGCUCCAAAUGAUCAGGAGGAGUAUUUUUCACGUUUGAAGAACCUGGUGGAGGAGAUGCAUGAUGAGUACAAGCAACCGGUCUACCUUCUGGGCCACAGCAUGGGCAACAAUUACAUCCUGUACUUCCUCAACCAGCAGACUCAGCACUGGAAAGACCACUACAUCAAGGGUUUCAUCUCUCUGGGAGCUCCCUGGGGUGGCGCUGUGAAGCCCCUCAGAGUCUUAGCAUCAGGUGAAAACGAUGGCAUACCCUUUGUGUCCAAUAUAAAAAUUCGCGAAGAGCAACGAAUGACCACUACAAAUCCGUGGAUGAUCCCUACUGAAGAGGCUUGGCCCAAAGACCACACCUUCAUCUCCACCCCCCUUUUCAACUACACCAACCAGGACUAUGAACAGUUCUUCAAAGACAUCAACUUUGAGGACGGCUGGUACAUGUGGGAGGACACCAAAAACCUCACGGCCGGCCUGCCCACACCUGGUGUCGAGGUCUACUGCUUCUACGGGGUGGGCCUUCCUACGCCCGUCACGUACGUUUACGACGAACAAUUUCCAAACGCCGACCCCGUAGAUAUUAUUUACGAUGACGGCGACGACACCGUCGACAGCCGCAGCAUGAGUCUCUGUAAACGCUGGAUAGGGAAACAAGAACAGGCCGUGCACGUGACAGAGUUCAGAGGCAUGGCUCAUUUGGACAUGGUCUUCAACCACAAGGUUCUCACAACAAUCCAGAGAAUUUUGGAGGGAAAGUACCAUGAGAAAAUGGUCGAAACCUCUGAAGAGCCUCCAUCCCUUAAUCUAGGUUUUGUGUGAUGUUUUCCUCAAGUUUCCUGAUAAUAUGUACAAAAGUAUGUCUUAAACAUCUCUUUGUAUUGGUUUAUAUUAAUAUGCAUGAUAUACUCGUUUGUUAGUGUAUUAUACAGAAUUUAUCAAUGUAUUUAAUCUGUAUAUUAAAGAUUAUAGCCACCAUAGCUCUUAAAAAGUGUGAAAUGUAGUAGCUGCUUCUUUUUUGUAUAACAUAGCGUAACUUAAACUGUCUAUACUACCAUAAUACGUUAAUCGCUUUUCAUAUGUAAAGGAUCAUAUGUUUUUAAGUUUGACAUUGUUUAAGGACUGCUUACAGUAAAUAUAUAAAUAUGUGUAUCCGUAUUAGUGGUGCAUUCAUGUGUCCAUGUUUUUCAUACGCAGUGCAGAUAAUAUUUGUUGAACUCUGUAACCUUUGAACCAGUUUCUAAGUCUCAUACACCUCAACUUUUUGCAAACCUAUUAAAAUACACUAGGUUCAAAGUUCAUGCAGAAGCAGUUAUUUUGCCAGGAAAUCUUUGCUUGAUUGCCGCUGGAAAAAAUAAUUGAUUGUUUCUCUUGAAAUAUAGAUAUUUUGGUGGUAGUUCUUGUAAUCAGUAACUCGGUUUGGUCUUUUUUUCCUCCUUAAACCACUAUGAUCUUUGAACAUCAUCCUCGCAUGGAGUGAAACAAGCAAACUGCACGUGCAAUGUGACAAUAAUCCAAUGGUUUUCCCCUUAACUCGUCACAAUAUAACACGAAUUUGACUGCUUUUGAAUUAUGUUUUUAUGCUUACUACACAAUAAAACAAUAAGAACACA